AUGAAGGGUUUGUUGUUCGGUGCAAUUGUUUGCCUGUUGGUGCUUCUACCAGCUGCAUUGAGUCAUGAUCCCGAGCCUUCCCCUUCUUCCCCUAAGAAGGGCAGAGUUGCUAACUAUCGCAUGUCCGAUGGCUUAGGAACGCCCACCGAAGCUUGUGGCUACGCCAAAACAGACAUAACUUACAACUACGGCAACGUCGCAGCUGCCUUAAGUAACCUUUGGAAGACGGAGCUGCUUGUGGCGCCUGCUAACAGGUCAAGUGCGGUACAAAAGGCUUAUGCAACAACCUUGGAUUAA